AUGUCGCUCGGCCACAACGCCUGGCCUCCGGGCAAUAUACGGCCCCCGGAUGAUCUUCAGGACUCUCCCCGCCCGGUCAAUGGCUUAGUGAAGACUUUAUCUGGCUCCCGGACGCCCCAAAUACGCGGCUCUGUUGGCGCCGAAGCGCUGAACCCCAGCUCGACAUCCGAAACCGAUAUCGCGCCCGAAGAAGACCCGCGCAUUGCUCAAUUCCGUGAAUUGUAUCGCCGCAGUGAGGCGAAAAUAAGUGCGCUGUUCUGUGGACAAUAUUCGGAGGAUAUCCCUGCGGCUGAGGAGACUACUGAGUCGUCCGAAGCUCAACCCGAACGCGUCGACCAUGCGCCUCCCCCUUCCACCGCCCCACGCAAGUCUGCUCGAAAGCUCGACGACGAUGACUACGAUGACUACGACGACGAUGACGAAGACGAGGAAAUGGACGAUGCUGCUGAAUCCCCUCUGAAGACCAAGUCGGCCGCUGCAUCACAAGAGCCUAGUGGUGCUGCGCCAUUAGCACCCCGUCCCGGUACCUCGAUAUCCACUGCUGCGGAUGGACUUAAGGAGCCCAAGAAGGAAACAAUGGAGGAUCUCCGGAAGCAACUUGAGGAAGACAAGAAAGCUACGGAGGAGGCUGCCAGAAGAAGCUUCCACACACUGUUCUACACCCUUGAGAAUGAUCGGGAUGCCAUGCUUGAUCAACAGCGCUUGGAAGAGUCGGAAAGACAAGUUGAGGCAGAGAUAUCCGGCCAGGCUAACAUGGGUGGCAACAAUACCUCAGGCGCUUCCAAUGGCUACAGUUCCUUGAGUAAUACCAACCUGGGCGCUUCAAGUUUGACUCUGAAAAACCUUAUCGCACGAAUUGACAAGAAGCGAGACCGGGUUCAGGCGUCAGAUGCUGAGCUGCGAAGCCUGCUGAGUGAGGUUCGCAAGAACCGCAGCAAAUGGGCGAACGAAGACAAGGUCGGCCAGGAAGAGCUCUAUGAAGCUGCGGAAAAGGUUCUCAGUGAGCUCAAAGCUAUGACAGAACACUCGACUGCUUUUUUGACUCGCGUCAACAAACGCGAUGCCCCGGACUAUCAUACGAUCAUCAAGCACCCGAUGGAUCUUGGAUCAAUGACCAAAAAGCUGAAAGGCUUGCAGUAUAGAUCCAAGCAAGACUUUGUCGAUGACCUCACCCUCAUUUGGGCGAAUUGCUUGAAAUACAAUACCAACACGGAACAUCCUCUGCGGAAGCACGCACUUUACAUGCGCAAGGAGACUGAGAAGCUUGUCCCUCUCAUCCCAGAUAUUGUCAUCAGGGACCGUGCCGAGGUUGAGGCUGAAGAACGUCGACUCCAGCUUGCCGAUAACGAUGGCGCCGAGGAGAGUGACGAUGAGCCCAUCAUGUCCUCGCGGGGUAGAAAGGCUCCUGGCAAGAAGACUUCCAAAAAAGGAACAGCCCCUUCCCGUAAUACUCCCAGUCCUGCCAGGGCCCCCAGCACUCAGCCAACUGCGCCAGCUCGUGCAGAUUCGGACGCUGCCGGUGAAGCUAGUCAAAAUGGAUUUUCCACACCACCUCCUGGAUCUAACACGCCGUCUGACCCUGCUGGUUCAGGAGCGAUAGCUGCAGUGAGCCAGGACGAUACGAUGGAUAUCGACGGUCCGAGUACGUCGACAACUGCGCUCAGUGCCCUGUCAGUUUCCGGCGGCGUAGAGCCGGAGGACCCCGAAUACAAAGUGUGGAAGCAAGUCACCAAGAAAGAUAGAGCGCGCGUUGCGGCGGAGCGACAUCGUCUCCUCCGGGGAGACAAGCUCAAUUCCGAAGAACCCGCUUUACUCAGAAGUAAAGCUGGCAUGCGCCGAUGGCUUCGGCACCAGAAACAAGCUACUAUCGAAGCUGACAAGUCUCGUGACGGGGACUCUCAAGCCAUGGAACCCGAGGCCGCAGGCGAGAGCCUUGCAGAAGGGAUUGAGGUCGAAGAAGACCAAAUGCUGCCUUAUUAUUAUGAUGUUAUGUCUGGGGUUCCUGAUCUUCCCGAUAAGCUACUCUGGAAGGAAGACGCGCAAGGCAAUGUUGUUGAUGCCUCUGAAGAGUAUCUUCGGAUGCUUCCAAAAGGUCAUUUCGUCCAACCGGAUAGCAAGUUGACCCGGAAGAUGAACUCGAACAUGCGGCAGAUGCAAGAAACUCGCAAGAUCUGCUCAAAGAUUGGCAUCGUCAAGCAGAUGCAGCUUCAAUCCCAGAUGUAUCAAAAUCAGUUCCAAAAAUAUCAACCAGAGCCAUUUCUCGAACAAGAUAUCGAACCACAUGUCAUGAAUGACAACGGCCCUGUCAUUGCCCCCUGGGCCUGUAGGGCAGCAUUGCAGCGCUCGGUCGCUAAAGUUUUCUAUCACACUGGCUUUGAGGAAUACCAGCCGUCUGCUCUUGAGGCGGUUACAGAUAUUGCGGCCGACUUUUUCCAGAAGCUUGGGGCCACCUUCAAGUCUUACAUGGAAACACCGAAGGUUCCUACUACCGAGUCACAUGAAGCUGCACCUUCAGCCACCGAGUGGAAACCUGCAUACACUCGUUCUGAAAUUGUCUUACACACCUUGUCUUCUGUGGGGAUCCAUAUAGAUGAACUGGAGUCCUACAUCAAGGACGAUGUGGAUCGUCUGGGAACCAAACUCACCACUGCUCAUGAUCGACUCAAGUCACUCCUGACGGAACUCCUUCGGCCUGCCCUUGAAGGCGGCGAAGACGGCUCAAACGCAUUCGCUGAUGGCAGCGAACAGUUUGUCGGUGGUGACUUUGCUGAGGAUAUUGAUGAGGAUUUCUUCGGUUUCAAGGAACUGGGCUUGGAUCGGGAGUUCGGCCUUUCCACACUCAGUGUGCCCUUGCAUCUGCUUCAAAAUCGGAUGUUCAAUGCGGCCAAUCCUCAAAACACGAGUGUUUCACAGACUGUUACCCUUUUCGCUCCACCGCCCCCUUAUGCACGCAUCUCAACGGACAACUUAUCUCGCCAGAUUGGCCUCCUACAGGAGUUCUUCAAGGGCAAGCUUGACGCAAACAAUGAUGAACCUCUUGUGGAAGACCUGGAGCUGCCCCCCAAGCAGCGUCCCAUGGCUAUCAAACCCCGUCUCCCAGCCUCAGGCAAAAUCCCCCAGGCUAGUCUCCCGGGUCUUUCAUCCAGCCCACAGAAACGAGCCGCCCCACCGAUGGCAUCCAAAACGGGCGGCGCAGAGCCAAGUAAGAAGAAAUCCAAGAAGAACAGUGGCGUGGCACUCGAAAUGCCCGACUUCAAUCCCGAUGGCGAAGGCGACCAGACGACUGGUGACCCGGCAACAAAUGCCAAUAUGAAGACCGAAGAAACCGGCCUUGUUGAUGGCGCUGGUGAAUCCAUGACCAACGGAGCGUGA